AUGGUCGAGGGCCACAAAGCGAGGGCAGAGGGAUCCGGACAAUCGACGACGACGGUCAAAGCAAAGGCCAAAGUGGGCGCGCGAACGCGUCAACAAGAAUCAACAAGUGGAAGGGCGCGGCCAUCGAUCCUCAGGCUCAGCGCAUGGCACAAAGCAGCCAUAACCUCCGUCAGCUGUCCCUUCUUCUCCCCUUAUAAGAGCCCUGAUACCCCCUUCUUCCCUCGUCUCUCUUUUCCCCCUCCACGGCCUCUCCAGCCUCCCCUACUACACACUUCCCUACCUACAAAGCUCUUCUUUUUCUACAUGCCUCCCAGAGGAAAUCCACCAGCUGGACGAGGUCGAGGCGGCCCUCCUGCCAGGGGUGGCGGUCCCGCUAUACGUGGCGGCGCCCCUACGGUAGGUCUGCCGUCGACCAACGCCCAUGUCACCACCAUCGGCGUGAAACGCACUGCUUUCGGUACUGCCGGUAGGCCUAUCACUUUGCAGACCAAUCACUUCGCGGUCAAAAUCCCCGACGCCAUCAUUCACCACUAUGACGUGAUUUAUCCCGAUGAAAAGACCCUCCCCGCAAGGCUAAACAUGGAGCUGGUCGAUCGCUUGCAGCGGGUCGUCGCACCGCAGAUAUUCACUCCACGCGCCGUUUAUGACGGCCGCAAGAAUAUGUUUGCCGCGCGCGAGCUUCCAUUUGGAGACAGUAACAGCCAGGAAUUCGAUGUCUCUCUUGGUGAUCCCGUGUCUUCGAGUGGCACAACUGGCACAGCUCCUAGAGGCCGCGGCCCCAAAGUAUACAAAAUCCGUUUGACCUGGGUCGCUAAGAUCAAUCCUGAGGUUCUUGCCCGCUUCCUCGAAGGGAAACAGUCGCAUGAUAACACAGUACUGACGGCCAUCACGGCGCUCAAUGUCGUGAUCCGACAGGAGCCAUCUCUGAAGUUUCCAUUCAACGUGCGAAGCUUCUUCACCGACCGCGAGACGAAGGACAUCGGCGGUGGGAUUAUCCUCUGGAGAGGAUACUUCCAGUCGGUUCGUCCCGCGGUCGGGAAGAUGCUGAUCAAUGUGGAUAUCAGCACUGGCACCAUGUACAAAGAUGGUCCCCUCCUGGGCCUUUGUCUUGCUUUCUUCGGCAAGAAUGAUCCCAAUGUCCUUGCACCCUCGCGCGGUUUCCCGGAUCGCGAACGUGUUCGCCUGCAGCGCUUCUUGAGUGGAGUCCGGGUCAUCACAAAGUCGCCUGGUCAGGCUCAGCAGGCGCGGAACACACCUCGAGUUGUCAAGAAACUAACCUCCGCUGGUGCCACGGCGCUCACAUUCACUAUGCGAGAGGGAGGGACAAUGACAGUGGCACAGUAUUUCCAGCGUACGUACAACUAUCGCUUGCAGUUCCCUGAUGUGAUCUGUGUGGAGGUUGGAAAUGGUGCCUUGAUCCCACUGGAGUUGUGUGAGGUUCCCAAGGGACAAAUUAUGCGCAAACAAGUGCCCCCUGAGAAGACGAAGGACGUUCUCGACUUCGCGACGAAGAAGCCCCCUGAGCGUUUGCAGAGCAUUGCAAACGGCUUGGGUGUUCUUUCCUACGGCCAGUCGGAAUAUGUGAGAUCAUUUGGCCUCAUGGUGGCACCCGAUGCUGCGCCUCUCUCCAUUCAAGCUCGGGUUCUCCAGCCGCCCACUCUCAAAUACGGAGCCGGCUCCAGACAACCGACCAUACAACCUCGUGAUGGCGCGUGGAAUAUGAUCGAUAAAAAGUUCUGGAGCCCCGCAAGGGUCGACCGGUGGGUCGUCGUCGUUUACGAACGCCAACAGCGCUUCACAGACCAACAUGCGAGGGAAAUGAUCGAAGGACUAAGGUCGGCAUGCAAGCAAGCAGGCAUGGGGUUUACCGACGAGAGACCAGUUGUUCGCUGGGAGAAUGGCCAAGGCCGUAUUGCUGAUCAAUUGAAAGCUGCUGGUGCCGAGUGCAACCAGAAGUCUGGAGGUUUUCCCCAAUUGAUUGUAGCAAUCCUUCCCGAGAAUGGUGCUGACAUCUAUACAGCCAUCAAACAUUUUGGUGAUAUUACUGCUGGUGUUGCGACUCAGUGUAUGAAGUCGGAUAAAUGUAAGAAGGCAAAGGCCCAGUACUAUGCGAACGUCUCCCUCAAAAUGAAUGUCAAGCUGGGUGGUAUCAACACGAUCCCGGAGCCGCGCUCUGUAUCUAUUCUCACUGAUCCACACAACCCCACGAUCGUCAUGGGUGCUGAUGUCAUCCACCCUGCUCCCGGGGCGGAAGGCCGCCCUUCUUUCACUGCCCUGGUCGCGAACGUGGAUUCGGAUACUGCCAAGUACAUUGCAGACUGCCGCGUCCAAACUUCGCGACAAGAGCUCAUUGAGGAUCUGGAGGCCAUGAGCGAGCAUAUGCUGAGAAUGUACAUGCAAUACCGGAGUGCGCGCGAGAAGAAGCCGAAUCCGGCACCGAAACGGAUCAUCUUCUACCGCGAUGGUGUAUCCGAGGGUCAGUUCAAGCAGGUUCUUGAACGAGAACUUCCGCUUUUGAAGAAGGCCUGCGAAAACCUGAAGAUCAACCCCACAAUUACCGUAGUGGUCGUCGGCAAGAGGCAUCAUGUUCGCUUCUUCCCUCAGCGUGCCGAGGACAGGGAUCGUAGCGGUAAUUGUCCGGCGGGUACGGUUGUCGAUCGCGAGCUAUGUUUGGGGUUAUCUACAUUGCUUGGAACAUCGCGUCCGGCACACUACAGUGUGCUGCACGAUGAGAACAACUUUACACCGGACGGUCUGCAGGCUUUAUCGUUCGCGCUGUGCCACGUCUAUGCGCGCUCGACUCGAUCUGUGUCCAUCCCCGCGCCUGUGUACUAUGCGGAUAUCGUCUGUGCGCGCGCCAAGAACCACUACGAUCCCUCGGGCGGGUUGGACUUUUCAGACUCGGCGACGCAAGUGGACCAGCAGGCUGCAGACAAGAACCUGGAGGUCUUCAAGCGAGGCUUCAAGCCGCUUCACAAGAACAUGUCGGUUGAGGCUACCGCGUUUGACACGUCCGCUUUUUUGUGGGUGGCCUUUGGCAGUAGGGUUUCGCCCCUUUCCGCUGCCGAGAUCAGUCAGUGCGUGGAUGCCCCGGCAGCAAGUUAUACUGACGCAGCUUUCAUCUCCGGUUUAGUGGAUAUCAUCGCGAACUCACGCCUGUACUAUGCCACUGGCUUCUUCAACUCGAGAAGCCUGGUCCCUGCGGAUAUAAGGGCCCAAGGAGUGCCUGUCUGUCUCGACUUCGGGCUUGGGCUCUUCGGUCUUAUGCAACAUAUCCUCGUGCAAUAUUUCGAAACAAUACGUAUCCUUGUGGCGCUCAGCUCUUUGGCUUUGCUCUUAUACCUUUCUCUUCUGCCCCACAAACCGCAAGUCAACAUGCCGUCUCAUCGAAACAUGACCAGGAGGAAGCCCGUCCCGAGAUACUUACCAGACUCUUCUUCGUCGCUAUCGAGGUUGAGCACACAUAUCAAACGUCUGUCUUUCAUUCAUACCGACAAGGACGUGCCUCCACUCCCAGAAGAAUUGGCUCGCAGGGCUGCAGCAAUAGUAGGUCGGGAAAAACGCCGCGGCACCAUCUUCACCGAUGAGGACGCCGCUUUAUGGGAAAAACCACAGACGUAUCCAGUUUCUCUACGAAUAGCACCCGUACAGGAAAUACAAGACACCCCAGAGGAGCUGGCAAGUUGUAGGCAUCCUCCAUUACCCCCUAAAGAUUUCGGAACACCGAGCUCAGGGGAUAGUGCCGACGCAACGCCCUCGUCCUUCCACUCAAGACGUUCUUUGCCUCGCAACUACCGCCCACCGACACCACCACUUCCUAGAGAUCAUCCAGAGCGUCGUAUGCGUGUGGACAGCGACGUUCCAUACCCAGAGCAACGCACUGCAACGUUUGAUACGAUAGGCGCUCAGCAACCAAACGGUGCGGUCGGGAAGCUGACCCCCAUCAUAAGUCGCCCUAUGGGCUCUCAAAGGGAACAUGCGUCGACGUCGGCAAUGUGCUCCACGGAGAACAUGCGCACCCGGUCCAUCCUGUCGCAAGGUGCUCAAUCAACGAAAUAUGUGCGGCCACCAUCGUGUUCCUCUUCUGCAAACGGGUCAAAACGGCACUGUGGAUCGUUGUUCGGCAUAUGGGGCGAUGUCAAGAGUCUCGGAUUCCACCUACGUAUUAAGAUAUGUCAUAUUCUCCGGGCAUAA